AUGACCUCAGCAGGCUUGCGAGUCUCGGUAAUGGCGACGUGAAUUCAGUGUGGCGAUAUGAUUAGUUUUCUUUUUGGCUUGUCGUUGCGAUAUUUUCCUAAAAAUCGAACUUUUACAGGGAGCAUACCCUCCCCCAAAAGUCACACUGGCAGUUUUGAUGAGUAAUAGGAAAUAUCCGAGGCUAGUGGACGGGUUAGUAGAGGUUUAAUUGACAACUUCAGGAUCGUGCGAGGCCGCCAUGUUUUCUAUUAAUAAACUAGCUGAUAGCCGCUAUAAAGUCGAUCACACGGACCAGGAAUCUCAAGAUGAUCGCUUGCAACUCAUCUAGCAAAUAACAAUAGCAUUUUUUCUCUUUUAGGUAUAAUGACCGGAGUCAGUAUCAUCCAUGCCAGGUUUGUAUGGAGUUAAAUAUGGGAGCAUAUGAACUUCAAUCCAAACUUUAUUCGUGGAGGUUGAGAAUUGUUUCUCAAUAAAAUAACUUCUCCACUAAAAGGGUAAAGCUUAUUUGGCGAAGUGUGCUUUCAGGUACGUUUAGGAAUUCCUCUUCUCAGUAAUAUGUUGUUAUUAUAGGCAAGUUCCAAGUUCUCGUCGAAAAUCCAUCCCAACUGCAAUUCGGAGAGUGGUCGAGAGAGGGAGAGAUCGCCGAUUAGUUCGACGAAUAGUCGAGGAAGUUCACCGUACUCCCGCCAUUCAAACUUUUCCCCCCGUUCCCAUCGCUCAAAGCCGUACAGUCGAUCGCGAGAAGGAAACAAGAGAGGUUGGUAUUACGGGCUUUAUGCUCGUGUCAGCUGCUAGAAUAUAGCUUAUUGAAUCAAUGAAAUGUGGCACCGUGGAAGGGUAAGAAAGCACUCUCCAAGAUGGGAUUGUGGACUGUUUAAGAAGGUGUCCUAAAGGAAAAGAGAAGUCUUGUGGAGAAAUCAAUAACGAAAAACUUUGUAAACAAGCCCAACCUCACAUGUGUUAUCAGCUCAGUCAUUAGACAACAAAGUGAAAAUCCACUGCAGGUGUUAUAAAAACCUGCUAACCCUAAUGUCCAGGCCUUGUAGUAUUUCACACAAAUUCAACCUAUUAUUUUAUGAGUGAAAAGGGGUUUAAAGGUGAGUUUUUAAAGGAUGCUAAGAGAAAUGGCCAUCUCUUUUAAUAAAGUUAAUGGUGUCUUUAUUUAAGUUCUAAAAAGGUAAAGUCAGAUUUCUGCAGGAAGUGGAUUUCACUCCAGUUAAAUGUCGACCGGUUCUUGUUUAAAAUGUAAUAAAAGGAUUUCGUGAGAGCUGUCAACAGAGGAUAAUGGAAGAGCAGAGUUAAAUUUUAUUAGUGCAUUUUGUACAGAAGUGGUGGCAGUACGAACAUCAUCAGAUUGAAGCUUGACACAUUCACAUAUGAACGCUACCAACUGUGGUGUCAGUUGCUGUCAAAGUAAAAAGAACUUGAAGCUCAAAAGUGGCAAAUGCAUAAGACUUACCAUAAACCUACGUUGGUCUUUUUGAUGCAAAUGAUAAUGCAUUUAUCCACACAGUUUAGCAAACCUUGAUUUUUUUUUAAAAAUUAGUUUGAAAUUGGAAUUCAGCAGCUAAAACAGGUUGUAUUGCUACAAAACAUGCAGUGAAAUGAAAAGCUUUUUGCUUGUUUACUAGAACAGGCAUAGUUCUCUGUCACUGAAUAACUCCUUGCUUGGUGUGGAGGGAAAAAUCUAGUCAUAUCCUUAUUUUAAAAGAGCAGGCAACCAUCACAGAAGAAAUGAAUGUAUAAAACAUGCAACAUCAAAUCUUAAGGCAGAGACAGGUAAUGAUGAUAAGACCAAGAGAGUGGUUUGGUUGAAAUGAUAACUUCUUGUUAGUUUCUUAUGGAAGUGACACUAUUAUCUUAAUGGGCACAGUGCAAAAAGAGGAAGUCAUAUAGCAUUUUUAUUGGAGAUAGGUUUUGGUCUUCUUGAGGUGACAACUGAGUUAGCUGGAGAAGCCCAGCAUAGUAAAUACUGAAAUUGCUAGCAACUGGUUCUAUUUGAACCCUUGACAUGCUUGAUUUGUUGCAUUCUAAUGUAUUUUAAAUUUAAUACUCCUUUAACCCUUUCACUCCCAAGAUCUCCUUAGUAAUUCUCCCUACUAUUUUCCUUACAAUUCUAGUGUUUGCGCAGAGACUUUGGUAUUACAUCAGCUAAUAAUCCUGUAGAACAGAUGACAAGCUUGAACAAGAUAACACAAAUAAGAAUGUUCAUCUGUCAGUUCUUUAAAACUGCAGUUUCUUGUUCAACAGGUUCUAGCAAGUCUCCAACUGAUGCACACAGUCAUCAUACCCUUCCUAACAGUAACUCACAUGGCAAUGAGCGCCACAGCAAGCCCAACCAUGUCAAUAGUGACGAGGUACAAUAUUUUCUAAAAAUUUUCAGUGCUCUACAGCAGAAAGUGCAAAUCUGUGAAAAGAAAUGCGUCACCAACUUUUUUACAAGCUGUCAGUAAUGGAAGAUCGAUAAAGGUUUUUGUUUCGGUACCUCUGAUACACAGUUUUCCAAGCCUUUUAAAAAUUUUAGUUAUUUUUGGAUGAAAUCAAAAUUGCUAUCAGAACUUCGUAGUAGAAUUUUCUUUGGCAGUUGAUAUGGUGUUUUCCAUAAUUGUCAAUUCAAGGGAAAUUUUAAAAAUAUCUUUCAAUCCCUAUUUGAAUAAGACUUUCUGUUUCAAUUUACUGUGUGUGUCACUGAUAGUUGAAACAUUUUUGUUGUUAAUCCUUGUUUCUUAUGUUUUAAAAACUUACCCUAUAUAAUACAAAGUAACCUGAAUAUGAUGUCAUGAAAUCUAAAGAUAAGAAUGUUGAUUUUCUUCUUGAGUGUACAUUUUUCUUUUCUUUUGCAGACUUCUGUUUGGUCUCAGCACACCAGUUCUUCAGGAAAGGUUUACUAUUACAACUGUAAAACUGAAAAGUCCCAAUGGGAAAAGCCAAAAGAAUGGAUUGAGCGGUAGUAGAAACUAUGAUAAAAUCUUGUGUUUAUUUAAUUUUGCAAUUCAUUUUUUUCGAAUAAAAGGACAAAGCCAUCUGGUUUUUAGGGACCUUAAACAGUCAGGACUGUAAUGCCAAGAAAAAAUCUAUUGAGAAGUUAAUUAUAUUUCUAAUAAGAAUUUUGUGAAUUGCUGGAAUCGUGUUAUGGAUUUGUUCAUUAAAUAUUUUGCUGAGUCGCAUUCUCUGUCCUGUUAUCAUUUUGCUUAAGGUCCCAAUUACCAUUGAGACUGCUGUAAUCCUAUCUGUAUAAACACUGUAUUGUAGAGGUCACAGAAUUUGGGUGCAUUUCGAAAAUACCUUUCUUAAUAGUUUUAUUGUAAUUGUACUUCAGCUAAGUUUUUGCCACACUAGUUGUUAUGGGGAACUUUCACAGACCUGCGCUCAGGGCUCAUCAGCAAAAAAUGGCAGAUGUCAUUGUUGUUUCAAACAGGUGUAAACCUCUGCCAGUUUUGGUCAAACCUUUAGUAACAAAGCACCCCCAUGAAUGCAUGCUCUUUGCCUAACAAAAGCCACUAUUUUAAACUUUCAUCAACCCUCCAGCUCCCAUGAGAAACCAAGACAGAAUUUAUCCUUACAAUAUCAAACAGAAGUUAUGAAAGUAAGGGAAAAGAUCAUUUAGGGGAUUAGUAGUCAAUCCAAUAUCAAAUUCUUCAAACUGACACCAUUUGAAUUCUAUGGUAGACAGUUAGGGAUGAGAUGUUGGGAGUGGAAAGGUAAAGAAAUGUAAGAAUUACAUAGUAGUGUAAAGUACACAUCUUCCAUGUAUUUUAGGAAUUGUCUGAGUGAAAUAUCAUUUUUUGUUCCUGCAGAGAAAGAAGAGAGAAAGACAGAAAGGACAGAGAAAAAAGAGAUUUUAUGGCAGCCAGAGAUGGACGGGAAAACCGAGAGCAUCUGGCUUCCUCCAAACCCAGCAAAUGUGAGUUAAACUCAAACUCUUAUAAGUGAUUCACAAGUAACUUGUCCCUUCAAUAUCAAUACACUCUCUAGCCAAAAAAGUGGUAAAUAUUGAUAAAAUCAUCUGAUAAAAAAUACUAUUUCAAUGCAACACUAAGUUGUCUUCACUAUAAAUUGCAACAAGAGGGGGCAAUUACUGCUUGAAUCUUGUGAGUGAAAGGUUUAUUUGGUAUUGUAUGAUUAAAUACCUUUUGAUUUCAAAAAUACUCCUCUGUAGAAUUCAGAGACCCCCAAAAAUUUGGGCCUCUCUUGCAAAGAAAUCUCCAACAAGGACAACUUUUGACAUGGUCACACAUACUGAUUGGCACUAAAUUUUAGUUACCUGUAGUCUAAAUGACUUUAGUCGACCAAAAAACUGUUUUUAGAAAUGAGAUUGCAUACAGGGAGUGAGUUUGACUGAGUACUUCAGAAAUGUAACACUUGGGAAAGGCUGGAGUUGGUUGAUGUAUUUAUAUCUGAAAAUUCUUUCAGACAUUUCCCCUUCAAAGAAUAUUCAUCGAGAUCAUCAUAGCUCUAGUGAUAAGCGAGAUGGAAACCAUACAGAGAGUAGGAAUAUGUCUGCUGAGCAGAAAAAAGAAAUCCAGCAGAGAUUGUCGGGAACAACUGACAGAGGAUCUCCGGUUGUCAAAACUUCUUGUGUACACACCGCUGCUCUUCCAACAGUUGUCUAUAGGUGAGUGGAGAUAACUUUAUCAACUAUACCAUAGGUUUUAUUGUUGUCCUGAUCUGUUUUUGAUCUUUCAUGUUUUUGAUCUUUCAAACGUUCAUUUCUCAUAAAGGAAGUCUUAAUCCAACUAUUUGCUUCUUGCUUACAAUCCACUCCUUCAUAGGCCUGUCUAUUGGUGAACACCUUCUAUCAAUAUUUCUUUUUAGGUUUGCAUGGUUGCUAAUUUUUUCCUCUUUUUAUUAGACCUUCUCCUACUGUGGCUAGUAUGGGAGGAGAAUCUGCGGGUAAGGUUUUUGUAGCCUAAUUUAAGGUAGAAUUAAUUGGGAAAAAAAAAGACAAAGGAAAAAAGAAAUUGAAGAACACACUCAAAAUUGUCAGGUUUUUUUAUUAUUUUUAUUUCUCCUUUUAAAUUGCAGUUUCACCCUCUGGAAGCUUACAAGAUGUUUCACCUCCAACCACUCCAUCUUCACGUUCCAACAUGUACGAGCCAUCCUCACACACUCCUUCACCAAAUAUAGUCACAGCUGUUUCACCUCAAGUUGCUCAGCAGCAUGGAGUACCUUCUCCUCAAUUUUCUUCCCGACAUUCAGCGAUUUCCUUAGCACCAAAUGUAUUCCCCCAAGCACCUGCAGUUACAGGUGCCCCAAGAGUAGUGCCACAGCAGUACCAGUAUCCUGUAGGGCAUCCUCAUAUUCAGAAUGACUAUAGACAGCAGUAUGUGAAUAGCAACAGUAACCCUCCUCAGCUCCAAAUAACUAAGGCAGCAUUACCUCUUCAAGCAACACAUGUCCCUUCACCCCAGCAACCAGUGAUGUUCAACCAACAGAUUUCUUCGCAGACAGCCCUUCACCCAUUACAGCAAGCCACACUAGUGCUCCAACAACGAAAGAUGUCUGAGGUUUGUAAACAUUUUUUUAGUUGAAAUGGUGGAAUUUUGCCUGAUUAUCGAUAAGAUUUUCAAAUCAUGCAAGUAUAUUGUGCAUAAUGAGUUGUAUUGUUAGUCAUCUCUUGGACAACCCUGCAAUAGUCUAAGCACUAUUGAAAAGAUUGUCUUUAACAAACCCUGUCACUUGCUAACAGUAGUCAGUGUUUAGGAUGCAAGUAGCAUAAUGUGAUUUUCUGAUUUUGAAGGAGAAACUUAAAAUGCUAGUCUAUCGCAUGUCACCCCUGACAAUUCAACAGCACCUUAACUCCCUUGUGGAGAUGGCCACUGUGAGAGUAAAGUCUUAAAGUUUCUUGCCUGAGAGCAAGACACAGUGACCUAGCCAGCACUCAAACAAGGACCUCCUGACUUGGGAUUCUGAGGAGGCAUGUAAGGGUUUCUAUGCCAGGGGAGAAUGGAUCAAAAUAAAUGUAUCCUAUGCACAAUUUUACUGAGUGGUUGAGCAGUUGUGUUAGUAGUAUUGCUCAAAACAGGUGACCAGAUAUAAAAGAAGCCAGAAAUAGAGCUUGCUAAGUUGAUACAUACAUACAUACAUACAUACAUACAUACAUACAUACAUACAUACAUACAUACAUACAUACAUACAUACAUACAUACAUACAUACAUACAUACAUACAUACAUACAUACAUACAUACAUACAUACAUACAUACAUACAUACAUACAUACAUACAUACAUACAUACAUACAUACAUACAUACAUACAUACAUACAUACAUACAUACAUAUAUACAUAUAUAUAUACAUACAUAUAUACAUAUAUACAUAUACAUACAUACAUACAUACAUAUAUAUAUAUAUAUACAUAUAUAUACAUACAUACAUACAUAUAUACAUACAUACAUAUAUAUAUAUAUAUAUACAUACAUACAUACAUACAUACAUAUAUAUAUACAUAUAUACAUACAUACAUACAUACAUACAUACAUACAUACAUACAUACAUACAUACAUACAUACAUACAUACAUACAUACAUACAUACAUACAUACAUACAUACAUACAUACAUACAUACAUACAUACAUUACUUUAUAAACAUGGCUGACACUUAGCUAUAUAAGGCUAGUUUACAGGUCAGUCAUGAUGACCCAGUAUUUAAAAAAAAUUAGUUUGGUGACCCACCUUGCUAUUUUGGGUACAAAUUAUAUUUAUUAUUAUGCAUUUGUAAAGAAAAUUUUUUUAAAAUAGAUUAUUCAGUGAAUAUUUUUUUACACCUUUGCCAGCAUCUUCCUAAAUAACUCGGGUUCUUGUAGAUAGUUUUCUUCUCAAAUUGGAUGUAAGAAUAGAGAAUGUUGUGUGGUUUUAGAAAUUAAAAAAAAAACUUGGUCACAGACUUGGUUCUUGAGAUAUCUUUCAGAAACUGAGUUUUAGAGAGCUUUUCAGUGUCACUUAACUGUUGCCAUGGCAACAGAUGAGGCUGACUAACACCCUUAACAAUUGCUUUACAGUAGUUUUAUACAGAUGUUAAAACAUCUCCCUGAUGUUGAGAUCAACCAUCCUGAUAUCUUUUAUAAUUGGAUACAUGCUGUUAAUUGUUGGAAACCCUUUAGAGCAUCAACAAAGCUACCAUAUCUUAAAAAAUUUAUUGUUUAAUUUUUUCACCUGGGUGAUCAUUAAAGAUACUUCAUGUAAUGCAAGGGCAAUGUCCUUGGAUCAAUCUUAAUUGAGGCUUUUUUAUGGUAAUUUGUUUUUUCUUUUGCUAUAGGCACAAGCAGCUGCAGCAGGAGUAGGGAAUAUACAGCCAUCAUAUCCAGUGGGCAAGUAGCUUAGUUUCCAUCGAUUCAAGGUUUUAAAACAAGUAGUGACAUUUGAACUGUAGUACUUGUCCAAAAUAGGAGUAUCUGUGACAUACAGUUUGUUGGCAAUUCAAAGUGUUCAAUCAGUGAAGCUUAUAACAUGAGUGAAAUUCAAAUUCAGUCAGAUUUUUUUGUACACAUGGCUGACUGUCAUGUCUUUUCUCCUUUCAUUUUAUGGUACUACUAUCUAAUAGCUCAUUUCUACAAGUAUUUUUUUGUCUUGUACUUAGCUGUUUUUAUUCUUAACUAUGUCUUUUCACCUUGAAAAACAGCAGCCUCAACAGUAACACCUGCAGCACCUCUUCCACAGCUUGCAGUCUCACCAGUCUCAGUGGCUAUACACAGAAAGGAGGACAGGUCACAUGUACACAGCUCACCUGGUUCUCCUGUGGUGUUCACUCAACAUCCACCUGUGGCAGUAGUAAAUGAGUCAAGCAGCUCACAUUCACAUCACUCCUCUCACCAACAGCUUGCAUCUAGCUCCAGUUUAGUGUCAUCUAGUCCUCUGUCUCACUCCUCUAAUGCAUCAAGUCCAGUACCUGUGGUACAACCUGCCGCUCCUACUGUCAACUUACAGACAGUAGCAAAAUAUGUGGAUAAAAAUCUCAUCUCUCAUUUGUCAGCCUGGCCCACAGAGGCGAUGGAUAGACAAGUAAGGACUUAAGGUGUAGCAGGAUAAAAAUAUAAUAAUAAUAAUGAUAAUGAUAAUAAUAAUAGUAAUAAUGAUAAUAAUAAUAAUAUUAGUUGGAUACAGCUGGGAUUGAAAGCAAAAACAGCAAGCUCUUGGCUAAGCAUUGACUUGUUCUGUGCUUUCAUUUGAAAAAUUGGGUACAAAUUUGAUUGGAUGUUGAGGUUGAGGUUGUAACAUUAUUGUUAUGUUGUUCUAACUUUGUUACAUGUAUAUACAAGAUAUGAUUGUGGUACUAGAUGAUCCAAUGAAAUGGUCAUGGGCAAAAUUGGUGCUGUGAUUAUGGCUCUUGAUUGUUUCAAUAAUUUCUUUCAGUUGCAGAAACUAUGGGAAGAAACAGGUUCAUUUUCUAAUGAUAGUGACAAAGCCAAAAUCGAACAAAUGCAGCUACAGUCUGAAGUAGGUUUUAUGGAAAUGAGAUUAGACACAGCAAGUAGGAGGUGAGGCAUAUGAGGAACUUGUACAAGCAUUUAUCCUGAACAUCUUAGCAUCAGCACGCGUACUUUCCAUACUGUUCUCUAAAAAUUUCUUAAGCUUCUUUAGUUGGUGAUCAUUUCCUUUAUUCUAGUGACCUUGAAGUUCGAUUCAGGGGCAAUACUGUGAGGAGAAAUUAUAUGUCAGUCACCCUUAAGGGUUAACAGAGUUCUUCUACGGUCUUAAUCCAUGUGAUAUAGCAUUUAUACUGCAACAAAUCCAGGAGGUUUUUGUCCAUGGCAUGUCUCAAGCCCUUGAAUGGCAGGAAUCCGCCAUUCUUAGUUUGGUUUUCUCUGAUGUAUUAUAACCAUCCACUUUCCAUAUUGCAUACAUCACAGUGCCUUUAUUUUCUUUUCCUUUCAUUUGAGGUAAUGCCAACUUGCAAUAGUACUUUUUCAUUUAUGCCUUUUUUUGUUCUUCAGCUUAAAUUUGUUUUAAUUUAAACAACAAAUACUCCUGAAAAAGUAUUUCGUCUCCGGUAAUUUUUUUAUAUUUCUAUUUCCUGUGCAGAAUUUCUUCAUUAAAAGGGAUGACGAGAACUUUAGAAGCAUUACUGGCAGAAUCAGAGGCCAAAUUCUUGUCUUAGUGAAACAACUUGUCGAGUUCAGUGACAACUGAACAUGAUGAAGUUGUGAUAGAAAAAGCAAACGAGAAGUCAUGACGGCAACGAUGUACAGCUUCAAUAUUCAAAGACCAAAGUGAUAGCUAACAAUGAUACCAUGGGAGCGAUGUACAGCGCUGUUGCUUGGGAAACCUUAAGACGUGAACAGUCUCAACUAAAGCCAGUCAUAGGUGACUGACAGAGUAGUGAGAGAUACAUUGGUAGUCUGCUUAUAGAAGUCUAAGUUUCUGUUGAUAAUGAGGUAUCCCUCUGUGAUGUUGUGGAGUAUUUGGUAGAUAUAUUGCUUGGCAAAGCCAAGGGUAUUGGUUAGGUUGAAAUUCGCACUCCACAGAUCCCUGGUCGUUAACUUCUUUUCUA